AUGGCGAGGCAGAUCCUUCUCCGUCACCGAUCGUCGCUCAACCGGAUGCAGCCGCUGCUGUCUCCGCGCGCCGGCUCCGGAAGAUGCGGCGGCCGGAUUGGGGAGGUGGCGGGGGGGACGGCGGCGGAAUGCGCCGCCGUGUGCUGCUGCUGCCCGUGCGGGCUGGUCAACCUGCUCGUCCUGACGGUGUACAGGCUGCCGGCGGGGCUCUGCCGGAGAGCCUUGCAGCGGAAGCGGCAACGACAGCUGAUGAAGAGGGGGCACACGUUGCCUCCGCGGCGGCGGUGCGAGUGCGGCUGCGACGACACGGAGCUGCAGAUCCACCCGGUCGCCGGCGGGUGCUGCAGCAUGUCCCCAUCGGCGGAAAUGGCGGUGAAGGCCCUCCAAAUGGACCAAGACGUGAUUCGGUUGGAGAAGGAAAUGUGGGAUCAGUUCUACGGCACCGGUUUCUGGAGAAGCCCGUCUCAGAGGAGCGACAUUAUUAACCUAAAUUAA